AUGCCAUAUAAUGGCAUUUAUGAAGAAACUUGCGAUGAACUAUAUGGUGAACCUUAUGAUGAAUUUUAUGAUGAACCUUACGACGAACCUCACGAUGAACCUCAUAACGAACCUCAUGAUGAACUUUUUAAUAACAAUGCUUCUCAGGAGCCAGCAAAUAUGACCGGUUCAGAUGAAUUUGUGAAUAAUGAAUCAUUAACUUCGAUUGAAACUAACGCAACUAAUAAGAAUUUCGAAGAAGAACAUGAACGACUUCGAAAAAAACUGCAAGAAGUUCCUGGGCACAUAUCAAUCACGACAGACAUUUGGACAACCUAUAAUAAUGACAAAUCAUUCAUAUCAGUUACCAUACAUUACCUAGAUGCAUCAUGGUCGAUAAAACAUCUUUUACUCGAUUUUAUUCACAUGGAUGGGCAACAUACAGGUGCUGAAAUAGCUAGUUCCAUGGAAAACUGUCUUCAAUCAAUGAGAAUUAUUUCUAAAAUAAUGGUGAUUACACAUGAUAAUGUGACUUUUAAUGAUAGAUUUUUACAAGACUUUUCUGACUUUAUUUCAUCAGCUAGUAUUCAAUUUGAUGAUAAACAACAAUCGGUACGAUGCUUCACUCAUAUCCUAAAUCUUGCAGUACAAAGUAUUUUUAAUGAUAUAGGAAAGGAAUUAGAAAUGUUACAUGCAUUAAUCGAAGGUAUUAGAGGAUCAAAGAUACAUCACGCUAUCUCUCGUACCGAUCUGGAUUUAUGGCAAUAUGUACUUUCUGAGGAAGAUUGGGAAAAAAUUGAACUUCUUGUUUCAAUUUUAGCACCAUUUAAAGAAGCAAUGGUUGAGAUGUCAAAACAAGAAUAUCCAACUUUGUCAAUGAUUAUCCAUCUCUAUUAUUUGUUAGUUGAAACAUUUAAUGAGGCUACGAAUAAGGAAAACAUUCUACAAUAG